AUCUAGAUCUAGAUUUAGAUCUAUACCUGGUUCCGUAAUAGUAAUAAUAAUAGGCCUUCAAUACUGGCACUGGUCAAUACUCGACAAUAACAUUGAAAUUGAUUGAUGAAAUGCUGUCACUGUAUUACUACAGACUACAGUACUACAUUGUGUAAAUUAUCAUUUAGAAUCUAUAGGCCCUAGAUAUCUAUAGGUCUAUAAAUCAUUCGAUCUGAAAGUUCAAAUUGACACUUUCGGAAGUCAAGACUUGCUCAGUUGUUUAAAUCCACAACAAUGGCCAACCCUUUGCGAUCUGGUCAGACCGUGAAGGUGAAUGAGGACGAUGUUCUCAGCUUGGUUGAGAUGUUCCCUGGCAUGGAUCGCGAGCUCAUCGAGACUGUGAUGACUGAGGUGAAUGGUGAAAUUGGUGAAGCCAUUGAGAAGUUGCUGGAGAUAUCGGAGAAGAGCACAGUUCAAAGAUUGCCAGAACAGAAUGAUCUUGCUCUCAUCGCUUGCAGUUUAUUGGCUGAUGAGAGUAAUAAUGUUGUCGAGCAACAGGGAGGUGGCUUUGCUUCUACUCAGCCUCCGGAUUCCGUAACAGACAAAGAACUUUGUCUUGAUAAUUCUCUCGAUGACAUUUCUACAUUUAGUGACAUUGUAGAGUCAGAGAUGAGCAAGGAGCUAGGUAACUGGAUAGAGAUUGCAAGUGGAGAUAAUGGUGAAAGUUCUAAUGGUAUUUUUUCCUGUGCAGCUUCAAUGGAUGAAGGCAAAGUGAAUACCCCUGAGUGUGCGGAGCAGCAUGACAGUAUUGCACAGUCUAGCCCAGAGGCGUGUGUAUCUGAAAGCCAGACAGCAGUCAUGAUGGAAAGCAGUGUUCCUUCAAAUAAUCUUUCAUUGAAUGUAUCUGUGGCCCCAAGCACUGGUUCCUUGACCACUGUGUUGUCCCAGGCAAGUCCUGCUACUGUGGUAAGCAAAACUGCAAACUCAGGCCCUCUACAAAAGGCCUCUGAAGUCUUGAAAGAAAAUGUGGCCCCUGAACGGAGGAAAAAGGAGCAGCAUCAGAAGAGUUGGGACAAUUUCUUUGAUAGUUUUGGCAUUGAUCCAUUGCCCUCUGCUGAUGAUUCUUUAGACAUUGAUAGCCUCAUCAAGUCAGUUUCAGACACAUUGGAUGCACCCUUUGGCAGUGAGAUUAAAGCUUUGCAGACUGACAACUCACGAGUGAGUGUGGGUAGUCACAAAAAGGGAGGCCAAGGAGGGAGAGGGAGGAAAAAAAAGCGUGGAACAGAUAUGAAGAAAGGACCGGCUGAAUCUGCUCACCCUCAGAGCAGGGAAGCUGAAACCUCAAAAGAUGUCCCCGCUCUGGCCCAGAAUUACAAACUCUCCCCAGCUUCAAAAGAAUUUGUUCCCCAGUUUUUGGGCUCUUUGUCACAAGCUGAUCCUAAUCUGGACAACUCGUCGAGCAUGGCUUUGUCGCUAGAUGUAUCAACAUGGACGCCGGCUGUCGCACCAAAAAACGUUGGCUCAAAGCAAGAAGCAACACGGCAGAAAAAUUUAUCCGAGCAAAAUCAUUUUACGAAACGGUUAGACCACAAGAAAGAAAAUGUGGUGCCAAAAGACAUGCAGGAGAGUAGGGAAUUUGGAAAUGAACCCACAAGACUGCCUGGAGGUCCAUCAGUGACAAAGGCGAAAAUCUUCAGCAAUCUUGACUCAGGGGAAUGGAAAACAGUGGUUUCACAUCCUCGGAGUGGAAAGCAGGUGCCCUCCCAGCCUGGUGUGACUCGGACUGGCCAGGUUCCCUGGAGAAAUCAUUCGAAUGCAAAGGGUGUUAAUGGAAGACAGCCGACUCCUUUACUUCAAACUCCCAUCUCAAAACCCGUGGGUGUGACGACAAGAGUUAUUAAAAAUGGAUCUGGUUUUGUCCCACAACAAUCUUCUAAAGGCAUGGAAACAUUGCCAUCCCUGUUUUCCCCAUAUUUCCCCCCCAAUGACACGAUAAAAAAUGUUAAGCUCUCAGCUGGACAGAUUCCAAACGCUAAAAUCCCUUCUCUUAUGCCACAAGAGCCAGGCCAGACAGUGAAAAACAAGCUUGUGUUUCACGGGGUCAAGUCUGCUGUGGGGAUGGCUCGCCGAUAUUUCCAGGAACAACAGCCCGUCAUGUUCAUUCUGAGAGGCCUCCCAGGAAGUGGCAAGAGCUACCUGGCAAAUCAACUGUUGGAGCAAAGCAACUGCAUGGGUAGUGCCGGUGCCGUCCUGUCCUCUGAUGAUUUCUUCCAACAAAGGGGAGGCUAUUUUUUUGACAGACACCGGUUGGACGAGGCCCACACAUGGAACCAGCAAAGAGCCGUCAAAUGCGCUCGUAAUGGUGUCUCACCGAUCAUUAUCGAUAACACUAACACCAUGAUGUGGGAGCUGCUUCCGUAUGCAGUUCUGGCUUUGGAACACAACUAUGAUGUGCAGGUGGUGGAGCCAGACACAGUGUGGAGGUCAAAUCUGAAAGAACUCACAAGGAGAAACAUCCACGGUGUGAACAGAGAACACAUCAAGAGAAUGAAGGACAGAUAUGAAGAGCUGACGACGGAAAAAGUUCUCCAACAGGCAGGGAGGCACUUCAAGAUCAAGCGACCUAACUUUGUCAAACCAAUGACUCGAGGCAAACCAGUUCACACUACUCGACCCGAAAAAGGAAGCAGCAAAAACAAAAGUCCCACAACACCACUGGCUGAAGUGUAUGCUGAAGCAGGAGCAGACAGUUCUUCUAAGCAGAUCGGCUCUUGUGAGCCCUUCGGCCAUUUGGAAAACAGUUUAGAGUGGCUGGAGGCGAAAGCUCAGCGACUUCCAACACAGAGGAGGCGGGACAGGGGAAAUUCUGCCUCAGAAGAAGAAGGGAAAGGUAUGAUCACGUCAGAGUUCCUGCGACAGUCGCUCAAGUCUGCCAUCUUGGGUGUGAUCAAUACGCCGAAUGUCUCCACCACUGACUCCUCUGACCAUCAUCAGUCUGUUGACGAUUUGAGCUUGAGGUCUGGGUCCAGCUCAGAAAGUGGUGAAGGAAGGGAAGAUGAAUUAUGCUCAGAGAAGAUUCUGGCUCCAGUUCAUCCUCUUCAGUCUGACAGUACCACUGUGCCAUCUGAUAAAUUUGUUGUGUUAUCUAGCAACGCUGCAAUUUCAUGUAGUAGUUCGUCCGUGUCAGCUGACAAUACUUCUGUGCCAGCUACCAUCACUGCGGUGGCAUCGUGUGUUCCAGUCACAUCUGCAGACACUUCCAAUGCUUCAUCUGGCAAUUUGACGCAAACAUCUGUUAGUACCACUGUGCCUUCCAGCACUUCUGUACCCCCGUCUGUCUCCACUCCUGCCACAACUCUCAGACUAGACUCUGCAAAGUCUCUUGUCGGUUACAGCGAUUCUGACAAAAGCGACGAGGAUACGAUUUCUUCUAAUAAGCCAGCAGUGAGUGUUUCCUCUCUGAAUGUUGGGAAGAUGACGGGAAGUGAAAGUGAGAAUGGUGAGACUUGUGGGGAUGAUCAGAAAGUGGUGAGAGACCCACCCGCGUCUGUGAUGGGAGAGCAAGGGUCAUCUGAUGCCCUUGGCUCCGUGAACACGUCAGAUACACGAUGGGAUGGAGACAGGGUGAGGAGUCUGUCGCCUCAAGAACUGGAAACCAGAAGUGCGUCUACGUCAGCUCAUGCAAGCCGGGAGCAAAGUCCGUGCGUCAACUCUGAUGGUUCAACUGCUGCGUCUACUCCGAGGAAAAAGAAACAACGUCAGAGGAAAGGGAGGGCCGUUCCUGCUUUUCUUGAUGAGUCUGUGAAGAUCCAGUCGCAGUCUACAAGCUGGAGUGCAUUUGAACCCCAAAUUCCAAAGUUGGAGAGUUUGACAGAUGUGUCCCCGUCUGUGAGCCUGGUGAAGAGAGAAGUGAAAUCCUCGUCUUGUCAGUCUGAAGCAUAUUACUUAAGCGCUGUCUAUCGACUGAAUUCCCCCGCUUUUAAAGAUUUUGCACCUGCUGAUUUACAAGAAAGUGAUUACAAGAUCAUCACCUCAUCCUCCCAGCCUUUGUCGUUCCCUGGCUGUGGUCAGGCAGUGGAGGAAGUGGCCGUGCCUCGCAAGGAAGGCACAUCGGACAAGAGCACAGAGACGGAUGAAAUGUUAGAGCAGGACACGGUUGACUUGGAAACCCUUCAGUCAUGUUUUCCAGAAUAUUCCAAGAAACAGCUGGAGGAGACCCUGGCUGUGUGCCACAACAACAUGGAGUGGGUCACCAACCACUUGCUAGACUCCACAGCUUUGGGCAGUGAGGACUCAGAUGGGGAGGAGCCAAAAGUCUCUUCAGAUUCUGCAGGCAGACUGGCCAAUUCUGUUGGAAGUGUGCUACGCCUAGCCACUCUGUGCAGCGAAGUCUUAAAGUCGCUGUCCCACGUAGACUCUGAUGACCUUGAGAUGCAGGUGAUUCAAGCAGCACAGACUCGACUCCAGAGGAUUGAGAAGUUCAACUGGGGGCGGCUGCUGAGUGUGCAUUCCGACAGAGCGCAGUUUGGCGGAGAUGACCUGUCCAUAGACAAUUUCACGGGCACCGUCUCGGCUGAUGAGUGCUGGGAGUGGAUUCCCAGUCAAGAUUCUCUCGAGUAUGUCCAGCCACUCAUGGCUUCACCAGUCACCCCGGUCAAAACACCGCCUGCUUUCACACUGGACAGGGAGCCGUGGAGAGCAAAGCACAAAGUACCAGAACUGAGGACUCCUGUGAAACAACCCAGGUCUCCACGGUCUGCUUCAUUUUUAAGGAGGUCGGAUAGUCUGUCGCUUGCACCAAAGCCGGGUCCAGCAAGUGCUGCAUUAUCUCCUCUUGAGGAGUAUCUUCAGAGCGCUGGUGGUGAAGCCCGAAGCCCCGUCAAAGUGGCCACAGGUCCCAACCAGGUAGUCGUUCCUGCCGACUUUAUCCAGCAGUUGGAGCUGAUGUUCGGCCCUCUUCAGCGGCCGGAGCCAGAUCAAGGUGAGUUUGUUGUUGGUUGGCGGGUGCUUUGGUGUGGUUGAUUGGCGGGUGCUUUGGU